CGGGCCGAGCUGCACGAGCCGAGCUGCUUCGCCUUCCCGGGCCCCCCCAAGGAGGGCGCCGCGCACCAGCAGCAGGGGGCCGGCGGCAAGGCGGCGGGCCUCGGGCCGCUCACCACGGUGAGGGAGGGGGAGGAGGAGAGCACCACCAAUACUUACCAACGGCUCGCGGGGAUGCGGCGCGGGAGGACGCGUCCGCCGCCGCGUCGCCGCGGGCGGAGGAGCUCGAGGCCGAGCGAGGCUACGAGCUGCAGCGCGGCCCGCAGGGCGAGCGGGAGGAGGGCGGCGACGACGGCAGCGAGGCGGGCGACGGCAGGGCUCGCCCGAGGGGCCUGUGCUGCGUGGGGGGCAGGAAGAAGAGGCAGGCCCUGGACAGGGGGCGCUGCCGCCGCGGCACCAAGAUGCCCGAGGUGACGCUGGGCGGCGAGCGGCAGGAGGUCCUGUAG